CCAUUAGCUCCGCAGGCGCCGAUGCUGCUGGUGCUGGUGCAGGUGGAGGCUGCAGGUGGAGGCGGGAGGCUGUGCGGUUCCUUUGGCGCUGGACUCAGGAAGGGUCUGCUCUUUCUGUAGGCAACUGACAAAAGAGUGGACCCCUCGUCAAAUUAACACAACUUGUCCGUCAUUCGAAACUGUUGAAGGAGAGAGGAGUCGGAUACUGAGGCGCUGAAAGGUGGUGAAUAAUCAACCAUGACUACAGAAUCCGGAUCAGACUCUGAAUCUAAAGAUCAGGAGCAGGAGCAGAAGGAAACUUCAAGUGAGCAAGGAACAGGUGGGACAGGAGGAGCCCAAAAUCCACAACAGCAGCAGCAACAGCAACAACAGCUGAGUGAAGAACACCAGAAUGCAUUAGAACAAUUUUCUGGUGUUGCAGCCCACAGCACUCCUGUGAAAAAGGAGCAGGCCACUGACAAAGAACGGGAAUUUGCUGCUGCAGCAGCAAAACAACUGGAAUACCAGCAGUUUGAAGACGACAAGCUAUCUCAGAAAUCAUCCUCCAGCAAACUCUCCAGGUCUCCUCUAAAAAUUGUCAAAAAGCCAAAAAGCAUGCAGUGUAAAGUGGUCCUUCUGGAUGGUUCAGAAUAUGGCUGUGAAGUGGAGAAACGCUCAAAAGGCCAGGUGCUGUUUGACAAAGUGUGUGAACAUUUAAACCUCUUGGAAAAAGACUACUUUGGGCUAACAUACAGAGACAUGGAAAACCAAAAGAAUUGGUUGGACCCAGCCAAGGAAAUAAAAAAGCAGAUUCGAAGUGGUGCUUGGCAUUUCUCAUUUAAUGUCAAAUUCUACCCUCCUGAUCCUGCCCAACUUUCUGAAGACAUUACCAGGUAUUACCUCUGUUUACAACUGAGAGAUGACAUUGUUUCUGGACGACUGCCAUGUUCUUUUGUUACACUUGCGCUUUUGGGUUCUUACACAGUUCAGUCAGAGCUUGGAGAUUAUGAUCCUGAUGAAUAUGGAAGUGAUUAUGUCAGUGAAUUUCGUUUUGCACCAAACCACACUAAAGAACUGGAAGAUAAAGUAAUAGAGCUUCAUAAAAGUCAUAGGGGAAUGACACCAGCAGAGGCUGAGAUGCAUUUUUUGGAAAACGCCAAAAAAUUGUCCAUGUAUGGAGUAGAUCUACACCAUGCCAAGGAUUCUGAAGGUGUUGAAAUCAUGUUAGGGGUUUGCGCAAGUGGUCUUUUGAUCUAUCGGGACAGACUACGAAUAAACAGGUUUGCUUGGCCUAAGGUUCUCAAAAUUUCAUACAAGAGAAAUAACUUCUACAUCAAAAUCCGACCAGGUGAGUUUGAACAGUUUGAAAGCACAAUUGGAUUUAAAUUACCAAAUCAUCGUGCUGCAAAGCGUCUAUGGAAAGUAUGUGUUGAACAUCAUACAUUUUUCAGGCUCCUCCUCCCUGAAGCUCCUCCCAAAAAAUUCCUUACCCUGGGUUCCAAGUUUCGCUAUAGUGGAAGGACACAAGCCCAGACAAGGAGAGCCAGUGCACUGAUUGACCGCCCUGCACCUUAUUUUGAGCGUUCAUCAAGCAAACGUUACACUAUGUCUCGCAGCCUAGAUGGGGCAUCAGUGAAUGAAAACCAUGAAAUAUACAUGAAGGAUUCUAUGUCUGCUGCAGAGGUUGGUACUGGCCAGUAUGCCACGACAAAGGGCAUCUCUCAAACCAACUUGAUAACCACUGUGACUCCGGAGAAAAAAGCAGAAGAAGAGAAAGACGAGGAGCAAGUUAAAAAAAAGAAAGCAGAAGAAGUCACUCCGGUCUCAGCCAAGCCACCUUUGCUGGGCACUGACUCAUUACCUCCCUCACCAUCCUCACAAUCUGAUCCUUUUGCAUCUUCAGUAAAGCUCCGUAGGAGAUGUAAGGAGAGUAAUCGGAAAGCAUUAGAUUACGAGUCAUCCAAAAAUACUGCUCAAAAGCAUGGUGAGGCUGACUUGGACUCUGAUAGAAAAGGAAGAGUUUGCUCAGUUGAGCAUGAUGCAGCAUUUAACUAUAAGCAAAAACCUGGAAAAGGUGGGACAUUGUUUUCCUUCUCCUUGCAGCUUCCGGAAUCAUUCCCCACUCUCCUGGAUGACGAUGGUUAUUUAUCCUUUCCCAACCUCUCUGAAACCAACUUUCUGCCACAAAGUGUGCAGCAUUUCCUUCCCAUUCGCUCACCCUCCCUCGUGCCUUGUUUCCUUUUCAUCUUUUUCUUUUUGCUUUCUGCCUCUUUCUCAGUGGCAUAUGCUCUUACUCUCUCCUUUCCUCUGGCUAUGUGCCUCUGCUACCUGGAGCCCAAGGCGGCCUCCUUGAGUGCUUCACUUGACAAUGACCUGAGUGACAGUUCAGAGGAAGAGACUGACAGCGAAAGGACAGAUACUGCAGCUGAUGGUGAAACCACUGCCACAGAGUCUGAUCAGGAAGAAGAUGGUGAUCUCAAGACACAGAAUAGUCUGAUUAAGCGCAUAAAGGGUGAAAAUGUGUAUAUCAAACAUAGUAAUCUUAUGUUAGAGGAACUAGAUAAAAACCAAGAGGACAUGAUGAAACACCAGACAAAUAUAAGUGAGCUGAAAAGGACAUUCUUGGAAACCUCCACAGAUACCUCAGGGACCAAUGAAUGGGAGAAAAGACUUUCAACAUCACCAGUACGGCUUGCUGCAAGACAUGAAGAAGCUCCUAUGAUUGAACCACUUGUGCCUGAAGAUACCAAAGAAGAAAGAGAAAAAUCUGAAAAGCGUAUAUUUUUACAGAAGGAAAGCACUACAUUCCUUGAUUCUCAGGGCACUGAGGACUGGGUUAUUGUAGACAAAGUACCCAUUGAGGUAGUUGAUGGUGAAUCGAAAACGAUUGUGACAUACAAAGUAAUGACUGUGAGCAGUAAAACUGGUGACAUCUCAGCUGAUCUUUCAAAGACCAGUACCACUGACAUACAGAGCUUUGAGGACUUGGAAGGUGAAUUGCAAUCAAAAGAUGACAAUAAGCAGAAAAUGUACACCUUGGGGAAAUCCUACGAUACUGUCUCUGGGAAAAUCGUUACCAUGACCACUAAAGUAAAAGAGGGAGAAAAAAGUGUGCCAUCAUCUCUUGAAGCAUUUCAAAAAAUGGAAAGAGCAGUGCCAGAAUCUGUGAAAAUCAUUCCAGUGGUAGCAGAAUAUGAAAUUCUAGAACCAGGUACUGAUGAAAAAGCCAGAAGGUUAUCUGAUACAAAAAGAAGGGUAUCUGAAUCAUUGACACCUAUUAAAGAGGCAGAUUCCCGGCUGCAGAGUCCUGAAGAGGAAAGUGUGAAGAAGAUGAUAAAAAUGGAGCAGGAUUUGCAGUUCCAUGAUGCAGCAGGGAGUAUGCAGAUUACCAGAGCUGAAAGACACCUGGAAAGUGAAAGACUAAAAGGAGAGGCAUUUGGCCAGAAAGAUAAGAGUAUAUCUGAAUGGAAAUAUUCCAGAGAACCACCCUUUACCAUUGCUACUGCUCACUAUGUUACUGAAUCAUCAGCCUCAAGAGUAGUGAAAAAACAACUCUCCGGUGAAAAAACUUUGGAUGGUUCUGAUAUCUUCACUUUAAUAGAGUCUGCAAGAAAACCAACUGAGUUCAUAGGAGGGGUUACAUCUACUUCACAUAGCUGGGCACAGAGAACAGAAGCAAAGUCAAGUCAGGAGAUACAUCCUAGUGAAAAGAAGCCAGAGGAAGAGCAGAAGCAACAGCAACAGGAGGCCAUAAAGAAGGUUGUGCAGGAAACUGUAAUGGUGGAGGAGAGACAUGUGAUGAAUGUGCAUGCAAGUGGGGAUGCUGCUAAAUUGGCUGCUGUUCAGCUGGAUGCUACAGCACAGGCAAAAUCUCAUGUGGCUUCUAGCAUCAAAGGGAAGGAGGGUUCUGCUGUGACUGAGGGGGCUAAAGAGAAAAAAAAGCUGGAGGCUGAAAAAGCUGUAACCAAACUGGAGGAAACUGCUGCUGUUUCUCAUGAGCAUGUGGAGGAGAAGCAGAGUACAACAGCCCAUGUUUUGGAUGUGCAAGACAGAAAACCUCUUUUUGAGUCACCAAUUGUGAAGACUGAAACAAUCAGUUUUGGCAGUGUUUCUUCAGGUGGGGAGAAGAUGGAAAUUUCUGUGAAGGAAAUCCCCGUUGUUCACACUGAGACAAAAACCAUUACCUAUGAAUCAUCUGAGGGGGAUCCCAGUGCUGACUCUGAACCAGGAGUUCUAAUGAGUGCACAAACAAUCACAUCAGAAACUACCAGUACUACAACUACAACACAUAUUACCAAAACAGUGAAAGGGGGCAUAUCAGAGACAAGAAUUGAAAAGCGAAUAGUGAUCACAGGUGAUGCGGACAUUGAUCACGAUCAGGCGCUGGCUCAGGCAAUUAAAGAAGCCAAAGAGCAGCACCCUGACAUGUCAGUGACCAAAGUAGUGGUACAUAAAGAGACAGAAAUCACACCAGAAGAUGGGGAGGAUUGACCACAGGAAUAAUGUAGCUUUCUUACUAAGUCAUCAUACACAUCAUUGGGAAUACAGAAGCCUACAUGGAGUCAUGGUUGUAACUGAGCAGGCUUGCGUUUCUCCCAGGAAAUUUUCAAUGUGGAAGAACCAGUCUUGAUUGCUACUAAGGACAUUGGCAGAAAUAUUGUCCCAUUUACAGCAAUCUGAUUCAGCAUUAGUAAACCAAUAUUUGCAUGAAGCAACAAAUUACAAAAAGGCAGCAUUUUAAUUUUCCUCAACUACAUUUCCAUCUAUACCUGCACGUUCAUCAACAAUAUAAAACAGUGAACUCAUGCUACACAUAAAGCAGUCCAUGCCUUCACACUUAUUGAAAGUCUAAAUCACGGUUUCUUAGGCAGCAAAACUUUUGUUUAGGGUAAGAGUACCCUAAAAUGCUAGAGGCUGUAUAGAUACUGUGUAUAAUAUUUUAUCACAUUAGAUGUGCCAAUAACUCACUUUAUUCAGUAAACAACUUGAAUCAUACACUUGUUUUCAUCUGGUUUUAUUACUCUUGUCCAAUAAACAAUGGUGAAUCUCUAAUCUUAUUUAAAUGCUUACAAAAUGUGCUUUGUUUACCUGAUUUGAAACCUUUAAUAGAUAAUUAUUUUAGCAUUGUUCAGAGUUUCAAAUUAGAAAUCCUGCAGCCUCCCUUCCACAAGUCCUCAUGCUAUAAAGUACGCUGUGACUAUUUUAACAAAAAUGUGUGUUUUCCUUAGCAUUUCAGAAGUAUUUGUCUGGCGUCAUGACUUUUUUAAAAUAUCAGUUUCUUUCUCUUCUCAUAGAAAAAAGUUUCUUUUCACAAAUCGGGUCAGUGUUUCCUAUCUAGGUCAGAGUUAAGCCUUAAACUGUACAGAAUACCUACUGAAGCAUUCUUUGGUAUUGGUUAUCACUUCCAUUUAAGAAAUACUGUCUUCAUUACACUGUCGGUCACAUCACAACACAUGGUGAAUGUAUGUUUCUGCAUUGUGAAAUAAAAGUGGUAAAUGCACCCAAAUUUGUAUUGGUCUGUGUCUAAAAAAACCCUGUUUUCUGUAUUCAAACUUUAAUACAUUUGUAUAAUAGAAAAGGCAAUUUAAUGUGGAUGUUCUUCUGAUAGGCUAGAAUAUGAUAUUCAGGCAGGUAUGCGUAGAAAAGUAGGAAAACUGAAGAAAUGCUGUGUAAACAAAUACCUUCUGUACAACUGUGUACAUACAAUAGGUGCCCCCUAAUUUCCUCUGUAUUAUAUGGCUCUGUAUUGUAUUUCACAUACACUAAAUUAAGAACAUGAUCGGUUAACUAUUUUGGUGUAUUAGCUUGAAAAAUAUUUUAUUUUAUAUUCUAAAUCAAAAGAGAAUUGUUUCAACAAAUUAUUCAAGUACAAUCCAGCACAAAGUCAAUUUUUAUUCCAGUUGAAAAAUUAAGGAUGUGUUUCAUCCUUUCCCACUCUAAUCAUUGAGACUUAAACGUACUUAAAUCAGUCUGUUUCAUGCUAAAUCAUGUUUUAAUUUAGAAACUCAUCAACAGUUCACUUACGAUAUUUUUCUUGAAGAGAAAAUAGAAUACAUUCUAUAGACAUUUGAAAUACCUAAAGGACCAUAUGUAGUUUUGUUUUGCUGGUAAAGGCCAAAUGUCCAUUCACUUUUGAACUGGAGCUUCUGUGAAGUAUGACUAUUUAGGAUAGAUUAAAAUGAAUAAAUAUUUUUAAAGACUAUAUAUAUAUAUAUAGAUAUCAAGAAAAAAAUCUAUAGAGAAAAAAAUACAUAAAUACAAACUGCUGCAGUCCAAUAGUUUUUUGCAAAUGUGGAACUUCAGGCCCUGUUCAGGUGUUCAGUCUAUUCCAGAGUCUCGCUUUCUGUACCUGGGAUGCUCUUGGGACAGCAUAGUCUGCCCAAAAUUUUUUCCGGGGGGGGGGGGGAACAAUGCAGAAGUACCCAAAAGUCCAUUUCUAGUUUUGAAAAAUUGGUACUUUUAUGUUAAUUUAUGUUAGUGCAGAGGGAAUGCUGCAACUUGUUUAAAAGAAAAAUCUCUACUCCUGAAAGCUUCUGGAGAGGCAAAUCAUCUUUCUGUGUUUAGCAGGAACAGGGGUAAAGGUUAGGGGCUAACCGGUUGACCCAGCCAAAAUACAUGGAGAAUGACAGUAUGAACCAGCACAUCUACACAGGACCUGAACAGGUAGACAUUAUAAUUUGCGUGAUCAGAGAAUCAGAAUGACCAUAAAAACAAUGAGCAUUGCACAUCUAUCCUCAGGCAGAGUUACUGAUUCCUAAAAUUGACAUCUCUCUCUGAUCCUAAGCUGGUCAGCAAUCUGCCAGUGACUUUAUAUAUAAGCCUGCCAAAGGCCCUGUACAUGGGCCAUGUUGGGAUUGUUGCCCAUUUCAGGGAGGCCUAAUAAGCCAGAGACAGCUCCAGAAAUGCUUUAUUUCACUGGAACUCCUGAAAAGCUUUAGAUCAGGGCCAAGGUGAUGUUUUGUCUUUUAGACAUACUUGGGACCAUUUCACAUAACAACAUGGACUUAUUCUGAUAAGUGACUCCUGGGUCUGUCAAGGUCACAUGGGUAGUUUAUACACUUAGCUAGCUCAGCAAAAGACUGAAAUCCUAAACAACUCCCCAAAGUUUGUAACAUGCUGGUUUGAUGAGCUAGUUGUCUGUGUAAGGCUGCCAAUAUAACUACUAAGGAGUAAGAACCAUUGAACAUAAUGGGAUUUUCUUCUGAGUAAAUACAGUAUUGAGCAGAAGUUUGUGCUACAAGUUCUUCUUGUCCUACAGAUACCUGUAAGCUCUCCUACCUAAUGAUUGAUAUAGUUACUGUGGUGUUUCUUUUCCUUCCUGCUUCACAGAAGAUUUGCUGCUAUAAUUUAGAAAACAGCCUUUAUCCAAUAUUUUAUUAUUAUUAUUAUUCUUUCUUGUUGAAGACUUCCUAACUGCACAUCAAGCAUAUUUCUUCUGGUACUUAUUGAACAAAAUUUCAGCACUUCUCUGAAGUUUUACCCUCCUAAAAUUGUAUUAUUUUAGACUAGAAUAUCCAAAUAUAAUCAUCUCUGUGCAUGCCAAAAUAAACCAAAUUUGACUUUUUAAAAAACUUACGGCAGCUACUAAUGUGAUGGGUGUGCCAUGAUUCUCUGAAUAUUACCCUCCAGUUCUUCAUAAAGCAUCAAGAAUUUCAUUAAAACAUAUUUCCACCCAGGAAAUGUUUCCUUCAUCAGCCAAAUAAAACAAAUAACCAAAUGACCAUUUGAUACUUUAUCUGUACAUAAGCAAACUAGGAAAAUAGACCAUAUGGGUUAAUAGUUGCUAUUAAAAUAUGGGGAAUGUUAUUUUAUAGUGGCUGGUAGGGUGGAGUCUUAAAACCAAUUCAAGUGAAAAUGAAAAGUAUAUUGGAUACCAACUGCUUCUAAUAAACAAAUAACAGAUACAGGUUAUAGCUUCGGUAUGUUAGUUCAAUACAAUUAGAGAAUAAGCCCCACUGAACACAAUGGAACUUUCUUCUGAAUAAACAUGUAUUGGAUUGUGCUGCACGGUUUAUGGAAUAAAUAGAAACUUCUGUCAGAGGUUACUGCUAUGUUGCCUCUAUUUUAGCAUGGCAUACCAAAAUGAGAAUGCUGUCAGAAGCUAACAUUGUUUUACAUGAUUUGUCUAUUUAGAAUGGGUGCUCACUAUCAGAAUAAGAAGUGCACAAUGAUGACUCAAUGUUAGUGAACUUUGUUUGAGUCCCUCCUGGGGAAUAACUGUUGCUUUUCAAUAGAUUGUUUUUGGGGGGUUGACUGCCUAAUUCUGUGCCAGAUGAAAUAAAAAGCUCUUGCCUGUUUCUAA